AGAGAAUAGAAUUACACAUACUGUACCUUGCAUCAUUGUCAACUUAUAGUUUUAUUUAGGUAUCAACGAACGUCAAAGAAUUUUUGAGAGAGUAUUGCUCUACAAUAAGUAUGCCAAAUGUACUAAUUUUAAUGGUUAUGAUAUAUACAGCGCAACCCCCUACCCAGAGAGAGAGAGAGAGAGAGAGAGAGAGAGAGCCCGGUACCUGUUUGUAGGGUGAACAUGUUUAUUGGAAAGCAAUUUUAACACAUAAUUGUGAAAAGAAUGGAGUCUUCAAGCAUUUCACCAGUCAAGCCGACUUCAACAAGCUUUGCCAGCAAAGUGAAAGCACUAUUAAUGAGGGCGUGGCGGGAACGUUGGAGUGAUCACCAGUGGGGAGUUCAUCUCAAGUCUGUGGUCAACAGCUGUAAUGGAGACUCCAAAGAGCUGCCAGAAAUUCUACUGCAGCAGGCAUUAGUUGGACCCAAUCCCAAUGCUCUGAUUAUCGGCUAUCUCCAGCAUAUUGUAUUGUCACAAAUGAUCCCACCAUGCUCUGCAUUAAAUUUAAUUCAGAAGUACGAUGAUAUAAGUAAACCAUAUUGCACUAUUGGACUGAUAGAGCUUACAGAUGCCAUAGCUUGUAACAUCAGUGUCACAAGUGGUAUGGAAUCCAGCGUUGUCCUCUGUAAAUGUCUCCAGAAGACGCUCCACUGGCUGAUGAUGUGCAUCCUCCAGUCCAUGAAGGCCAUGAAAGACUCCCAACAGCAGCAGGAGUACAUCAGCAUCAUCGACGCCGCGAGUGUCGCCGCCCUCCACAUAGCUGAUAACACCACGGUACAGGCCUUGUUAUACGUCGCCAUGUCAGAGGAUCAGGAUAACUUCCGCGAUUAUGAACAGGCGGUGAUCAAUGUGCGAGGUACCCUGAGCCAGCCGGUGUCUGACAUGCUGCCCUCACAGACCAAACAGAAAGUACUGAUAGCUCAGCAAACCAUGUCAAAAGUGCAAGACAUGGCCCUACCCAGCCAGCCACUGUGCGAGGUGUCCCACCUAGGAAUCUACCCCACCAUCAACACACUGGUCACUCUUGAGGCGGUGCUGAACCCCUCCAGUGAUGUCCAGCCAUUCAUUGACCAGCUGUGUGUGUCAGAGAGACUCCUGCAUCUUCCAAGACCUUCCCUUUACUGUGAGAUUUUAAGGGCCUGCUUUAUGGGAUUAAACAACUGUGCAGACACUCCGGAGGAGUUGAAGUGGGCUGCUUUCACUUAUCUCAAGCUGCCUCAGGCUCUGCGCUACAUGAAACAACAAUCACCGAACCAAGACAUUGCGGAGGACCUGUACCAAGGACUGAGUGAGCUCAUGAACUCAGUGCCCCUCCUAGACCUCGUGGAAAUCAAACUCAAGUGCGAAUGCCUUAAGUUCUUGAUUGGAGAAUUCAGCAAAAACGAUCUACUGGAUAAAGCUCAGACACAACAACUCAUGAACAGGAGGAGUGCUGACUGUGGGACCAAGAUUGAAACAAGUAGCCAGUCUUCACCAAUUCAGAUCAUUCGCAAUGAGCAGCAGCUUCCAAAAAUCAUUAAGGGUCUGAGUAAUUUCUCUCAUCUUGACCCAGGAAAAGAAAGUGCUACACUGGACAAUGCUGACGCCUCUAAGACCCCAAGUGAUAUGAUGAGUCUGUUGUGUCUGUUGACGUCGGGGAGGAACCUGGACUUUAUCCUGGCUGUAGCGUCCUCUACUGGGAAACUUCUGGGACUGGCCAGCAAACUAGUCAAGAUUAAUGAAUUUGCAAAGCAGACCCAAGGAGAAAUGGGGAAAAUGGCCCAGACCAGAAUCAUGCUGUUUGACAUUUCCUUUCUGAUGUUGUGCCACAUCUCCCAAGUCUAUGGACUAGAGAUAAUUGCCCCAUCCCCAGAAUAUUCUGAUUCUUUUUUUGCCCAUUGGGCCACUCGAUGUCUACCAGAAGACGGGAAAUACAAGUGUAUUGAUAACUUCACACCAACGGACCAAGGCAAGGUGGAUUUACUGAUCCAGCAUCUCAUCUCUGGUGUGGACGUGAAUAAACUCAACAUUACAAGGAUGAAUGAGUAUUGUUUGAACUUUCCGUUGGCUCUACAAGAGAUUCUGAUUGCCUGGGAGCAUGGGGCCGUGUCUGCAGACUCUAUCAAGAUGAUUAUGGAGCAUAUUAAGAACAAAAUGUGCUGCAUUCCCAUUGUGCUGUGUGCUUGGCUGUGCAGUUACAUUAGUAUGAUCCCAGAUAAAGCCAGGGAAAAGCCAUUACAGAUGAUUCAAAUGUUACAAACACCAGCAAUGAAUCCAGAUCCUGACCUUAAUUAUAAUGAAAGAUAUGCUUUGAUGACACCAAUCCUUCACAAACUUAUAAAUGACAUCUUACCAGUGUCGAAACGGGUGAACUACAUCAACUAUGUACCAUCUGACAAGCUGCCGAGUGAGGUCAUGGAUGAAUGCAUCAAGGGAGUGUUUCGACGUGGUUGGCUGGACAUGAAGUCUGUGCAGACGUUGGAGUAUCUCCUUAAUCUCUGCGGAUCUGAUUGGUUCUGUGACAGAUGUAUUGAGGCAAUGUUGGAGAGCAGCCGCCUAGAGGACCUGAUGAAGGCCCUGAGUCUGGUCUUUGCUAUAUUUCAUAUGGACCUGGAGCACAUCACCCUCAGUCUUCUGUUCCACACCCUGCCCCGUCUCCUACAGACCACAGGGUACCACAACUUGCUUAGCGACCCCCGAGGAAACACUCUGGCCAAGCUCUCUGUUAUGAUUCUUGUGUCGGCCCAGAACUCAAAAAAUGCUGAGAAAGAUACUAUCCCUCAUUUGAGAAGAGGAAGAAAGAGAUCUAGAAAGGAAGUUGAGCUAGAGGACAUGGAGGAAACUGAAUGUAGACCAGUCAAGCGUAGCAAGUCUUCAUCGUUGGAGCCUCAGCUGACAUUGGACUCGGAAGGAUUUAACUUUGAUUUUUUGUCAGCCAAAGAAGAUGGAGAGACUUCCCCAACUUUUGACACCAAGGACCCCCUUAAUAAAUCACUGGCAAACCUGAUGCGUUUAAUGAAUGCCUUGUCACAGGACAGCCAGGUUUCCCCACGGAUGAGCUUCAUCAUCAACUUUGUCCGUGAAGCCAUCAACUGUGGCAGUCAGAACGCCAAGUUCACCCUGCAGUUUAUGCCUCCACAAAUGGUGUCCAAUCUCCUCAAAAGUGUCCAAGGAGUGUUCAACAACAGACACAUUCUUCAGAUCUGUGAUCUGUCCACCAGCAUAGGGAGAAAAGUAGCCACACAGGCCAUCUGUCAGAACUCUCGGCUACAGGGGCCAGCUAACAGUGCAAAAACAGGGACAGUAAAUACUACAUGACCGAGGACCACUCCAGUGCUUACAAACCAAUGGAGCAACAGGCUCCUCUUGUGAGCUACAUGUAAAUUGUAGACAGAAAGAGGCAAUCCAUAUUUCAUGGAAACAAGUUGCUGGAAUAGAUUCUUGGUUUUCAAUGUGUUCAUGGACUAUAUAUACAAUAUGUAGAAUACACAUAAGUCAGUUGUCACAAGACAGCUGUUCAUCUAAAAGAUAAAAUCAUCUGGAUGAGACUACAUGUAUUUUUUAUGAAAUAAAAAAAAAUUCAUACCUUGA